GAGCCGGCGACCCGGUGGAGGCGGACGCCGCUCUGAGGAGGUGACGGGGGAGAGUCAAGGCCAUGGCAGUCCGAGGGAGAAGAGCCACGAGGGGUGUUUAGAGGUCGGAACCGACAUGGUCCUUUCAGAGGACGCCAUGAAGGACGAGGGCCCUCUGGGGCUGGAGGACACCGGGCGCCGAAGCCCGCCCAGCCCGCACGAGCCCGUGGCGGAAGCCGUCGGCGGGGCGUCGGCCGAGCGCCCGGUGCUCGGCGCGCGGCGGGGCGACAGGUCGCAGGCCCAGGCGCUGAUUGGCUGCGGCGCCAGGCGGAAGUGAUGUUGCUGUCAGUGGCUCCUCCGGCUCCCGGGAAGCCGCGAGUUUCCGCAGGGAGGCGGCGGCGGCGGCGGAGGAGGAGGAGGAGGAGGCUGCUGUGGGUCUGCAGCUUGUGUUCCCAGUCAACACUGCUCACAGUGAAGGUGACACCUUUCCUCCAGUUUCACAAAAUGAAUGUGACGUGGUUACCCAGACCAAGACCUAAACUUCGCAGAGAGCCCAGCCUGCUGUUCUGAUGCCGAAAGGGAGGCAGAAAGUCCCACACUUGGAUGCCCCCCUGGGCCUGCCCAUCUGCCUCUGGCUGGAAUUAGCCGGGCUCUUCUUUAUGGUUCCCUGGGUCAUGGGCCUGUCAGAGGCAGGUGGGCUUGACACCUUGGGUGCAGGGGGGCUAAGCUGGGCCGUACAUCUGGACAACCUAGAAGGAGAGAGGAAGGAAGAGAGUCUGACGCAGCAGGCAGAUGCCGUGGCCCGGGCAGCAGGCCUGGUGAAUGCUGGGCGCAUUGGAGAGCUUCAGGGGCACUACCUCUUUGUCCAGCCCGCUGGGCACAGGCAAGCCAUGGAGGUGGAGGCCAUGCGACAGCAGGCAGAGGCUGUGUUAGCCAGGCACGCAGCUGUGCGCUGGCAUUCAGAGCAGAGGCUGCUGAGGCGGGCCAAGCGCAGCAUCCACUUCAAUGAUCCCAAGUAUCCGCAGCAGUGGCACCUGAACAAUCGACGGAGCCCAGGCCGAGACAUCAAUGUGACAGGUGUGUGGGAGCGAAAUGUAACUGGGCGAGGGGUGACAGUGGUGGUGGUGGACGAUGGAGUGGAGCACACCGUCCAGGACAUUGCACCCAACUAUAGCCCAGAGGGUAGCUAUGACCUCAACUCUAAUGACCCAGAUCCUAUGCCCCACCCUGAUGCGGAGAAUGGUAACCACCAUGGGACCCGGUGUGCAGGAGAAAUUGCAGCUGUGCCCAACAACAGCUUCUGUGCAGUGGGUGUGGCCUAUGGGAGCCGAAUAGCAGGUAUCCGGGUGCUGGAUGGACCACUCACAGACAGUAUGGAGGCUGUGGCAUUCAACAAGCACUAUCAGAUCAAUGACAUCUACAGCUGCAGCUGGGGCCCAGAUGAUGACGGGAAGACAGUGGAUGGUCCUCACCAGCUUGGAAAGGCCGCCUUACAACAUGGAGUGAUGGCUGGUCGCCAGGGCUUUGGGAGUAUCUUUGUGGUUGCCAGUGGUAACGGGGGCCAGCACAAUGACAACUGCAACUACGAUGGCUAUGCCAACUCCAUCUACACUGUCACAAUAGGUGCUGUGGACGAAGAGGGACGGAUGCCUUUUUAUGCAGAGGAAUGUGCCUCCAUGCUGGCAGUUACCUUCAGUGGUGGAGACAAGAUGCUUCGGAGCAUUGUGACCACUGACUGGGACCUUCAGAAGGGCACUGGCUGCACGGAAGGCCACACAGGGACCUCAGCUGCAGCUCCUCUGGCAGCUGGCAUGAUAGCCCUCAUGCUGCAGGUGCGGCCCUGCCUCACAUGGCGGGACAUCCAGCACAUCAUUGUCUUCACAGCCACCCAGUAUGAGGAUCGUCAUGCAGACUGGCUCACCAAUGAGGCUGGCUUCAGCCACAGCCACCAGCAUGGUUUCGGCCUGCUCAACGCUUGGAGACUCGUCAAUGCAGCCAAGAUCUGGACGUCUGUCCCUUACUUAGCCUCCUAUGUCAGCCCUGUGCUGACAGAAAAUAAGGCUGUCCCUCGGUCCCCCCACUCCCUGGAGGUGCUAUGGAAUGUCAGCAGGAUGGACCUGGAGAUGUCGGGGCUGAAGACCCUGGAACAUGUGGCAGUGACAGUCUCCAUCACUCACCCACGACGUGGCAGCUUAGAACUGAAACUCUUUUGUCCCAGUGGCAUGAUGUCUUUGAUCGGCGCACCCCGCAGCAUGGACUCGGAUCCUAAUGGCUUCAAUGACUGGACCUUCUCCACUGUGCGGUGCUGGGGGGAAAGAGCACGAGGCAUCUACAGACUGACUAUCAGGGAUGUAGGAGAUGAGCCGCUCCAGAUGGGCAUCCUCCAGCACUGGCAGCUGACCCUGUAUGGCUCCAUGUGGAGUCCAGUAGACAUCAAGGACAGACAAAGUCUGUUAGAAAGUGCUAUGAGUGGGAAAUACCUGCAUGAUGACUUCACUCUGCCUUGCCCGCCUGGGCUGAAAAUUCCUGAGGAGGAUGGUUACACCAUUACCCCUAACACACUCAAGACCCUGGUGCUGGUGGGCUGCUUCACUGUCUUCUGGACCAUUUAUUACAUGCUAGAAGUAUACUUGAGCCAGAGGAACAUGGCUUCCACCCAAGGUUGUAGGAGCGGACAUUGCUCCUGGCCCCAGCGGAGCCAGAACUCCAGGGAGGUGGGGACAGAGCUAGAAUCAAUGCCUCUAUGCAACAGCAAGGACCAGGGUGGAGUGGAGUCAGAGAAUGGGGGCUGUACCACCACCUCUAGCUUCCUGGCCCCAGAGCUACUCAGUGAAGGAGACUGGAAUCUGUCCCAGAGUGGUAAGAGUCUCCUGGACCGUCCUCAGCACCAACCCCCAGACCUGCUACAGGUGAAGGAUGGACAGAUCUGCUGACCCCAGGGCCCAGAGUCCUCCAUGUGCAACAGGCUCUUUCUCAAAUUGGUGAUGAGGCUUCCAAUCAUGGAUGCUCAGGAGAGAAAAUGGUCCUGAUUUUAGUGACAUCUGGAAGCCAAGGCCUCUGAAGCAUUCUUGGUACCCUCAGGAGGAUGAGGGCCAUCUUAAGAGCAGUGGUAGAAGACUGGUGAUCAUAGGUUCCUCUAGCUGAGCUUUGCUGAUAAGCCUUGGACAAGGGAUUGGCACCUACACCAGGCAGCCCUUGGUCUCACCCCUCUGAGGCUGGUCAGUGAUCUAGGCCACCAAGACCUCCACCCAUUCAUGAGUUAUGCAGAUGCCUGUGUACCCAAGAACGCUCUCAACAGAAGUGUCAUUGUACAGAGGGCCCAGAGGAAAGGCUGGCAAAAGCCUGGGCAUGCCUAGCUCAAAAGCAGCUGCCUCCAUUACCCUUUGCUCUGCAUCUGGUCCAAAGCCAACCUCAAACCUGCCCCAUCCUCCACCACCACUCUCCCUUCCUGCUGAAGGUGAAGCUCCUGGGAGACUGGGAGGCAUGUGAUUCCCAGCACCCCUGCUGCCUCAUUGGGGAAGUUGUCUGGUAGGACUACAGAGAGCUGAGACACUAAUGUCAAAGACAGCUUGGGAGCCACUGCCUGUGACCACCCUGUCUUCCUCUGCAAAGUGCUCAGGGAAAUAGCCUUCAUUUCCAAGGCCAGCUGUCUGCCUGACUUUUCCUCCAUUCUUGGCCUUCUCCCCUUCCCAUCUUCUGAGCUGAUUGUUAAUCUGAAUUUUUUAAUGCUUAAGAUUUGAUUUUUACUUUUCACAGCAA